AUGAAAGGACUAAAGAGAUGGAGCUAACCUUUAGGUAUGUUUGCAUCAUGCCCAGGAGAAUUUGAAGACUUCACUAAAUGUUUCAUUGAUGUAAUCAAAUUAUGAGAAUUUAAUCUAUAGGCAAGUAAUUUACAAUACAGUCAAGAGGAUAUUGAAAAAUUUAGGUCUGACAAUAAUAUAACAAUCAUCAGAAAUGGGGAAUAAGAUAAUUAGAUAAUUUAGCCCUUUUUAGAUUGGAGACAUUUUCCAUUAGGACCACCAGAAUUUCAAUAACCAACUGCUAUCUAAUCUGAAGGUAUUUGAAUAAUACAUUUAGUCAUACCCAUCGUAUUAUCUGGUAGAAAUGCUUUAGCAAUAGCUCAAACUGGAUCGGGUAAGACUUUAGCCUAUUUGCUACCUGCUCUUGUGCAUCUAGAACAACAUGCAAUGGUUAAAGAGUCUACUUAACCUAAACUCCUUAUCUUAGUACCAACAAGAGAAUUGGGAGUAUAAAUUUAUGAUUAAUUGCUUUAACUAAUUGAAUAUUAUUAUGGAAAUAAGAAAUAGAAUGACAAAGAGAACAGUCCAAAUUUAAUGAGUCUUAAGAUUGUUUGCAUUUAUGGUGGCAACCCAAAUAAAAAACAAUAAGUUGAAUUAAUUUAAAAGGGAGUUCAUGUAAUUGUAGCCACUCCAGGAAGAUUAAUUGAAUUAAUAGAGGAAGGAAUGGUAAAUCUAAAUAAAAUCUCCAUGCUGAUACUAGAUGAAGCUGAUAGGAUGUUAGACAUGGGAUUUGAACCUCAAGUAAGAGAUAUAGUCUCUACAAUAAGAGAGGAUAGAUAAACAAUAUUAUUGUCAGCCACAUGGCCUAAUGAAGUUUAAUAAUUAUCAAAAGAGUUUUGUUACAAUCCUAUAUUAGUGAAGAUUGGGAAAGGUGCUCCAAUUACUUAAAAGAUUAUAUGCACAGGACAAAAGGAAAAGUUGCAUGUUCUUAUGAAUGUCUUAGAUGAUUUAAUUUAUACAGAUAAGGUUUUAAUUUUUGCAGAAACAAAGAAGAGGUGUGAAGAUCUGAGUCAGAGUCUUACAAAAUAAGGUUAUUUUUGUAUUUCUUUACAUGGAGAUAAAUCUUAAGAUCAAAGAGAUGCAAUUAUGAAAUAAUUUAAAGAUUCUAAUACCAGAUUAAUAUGUGCUACUGAUAUAGCAUCUAGAGGCUUAGAUGUAAAGGAUAUCACUGUUGUUGUAAACUAUGAUUUCCCUAAGUCAUUUGAUGAUUAUAUUCACAGAAUUGGUAGAACUGGAAGGGCAGGAGCUCAUGGUAGAAGUUUCUCAUUGUUGUCUUAUGAAAAAGAUGAAGGAAUUCUUGCUGAUUAAGUCAUCACUUAUUUAACAUCUUGUAAUCAAGAGGUCAAUUAAGAAUUAUUGGAAUUCAAAGAUAAAGCUCUGAAAAUCAAAUAAGAAAGAUAACAUAAAAAACUCUAAAAAUAUAUAGACAAUUCAAAUCAAACUAACAUUCCAAAUUCAAUCUACCCUCCUAAUAAUUUUGUUUAGACUUCAGAAUUUAAAUAAGAUAAUAGUAAUUAAUGGGAAAAUAGAUAAUAAUAUGUUAAUUAAGGAGGAAAUCAAAAAAAACCAUACCAUAAACAUAGUAGAAGUGAAUACAAUGAAGAGAAUAAGGGGGAAUAAUAGCAAUAUUAAUAACAAUAGUAGAGAAAUUAUAAUAUGGAUUUCAAAAAUAAAUAAUAAUAGGAUAGAUAACCUUAACUUUAAAAAAAUUAAGGUGAUUCAAGAUAAGGUAAUGUGAGAAUUAGAUUUUCAGAUGCUGAUCAAACUAAAACUUAAGAUAAUAAUUAAGAGUUAGAUUUAAAAAAUUAUAAAUUAUUGCCAUAGUUUUAAGAAGAAGGUAAAACUAAUUCUUUUUAGAACAAACGAUUUAAUGAUUAAGAUUAAGGUUAGAAAAUGUAUAAUAUGGAUUUUAGAAGUGAAAAUGAUAAUUAAAAUAGGAGAAAUAAUAACAAUACACAAAAUAAUAAUCAUGAAGCUUAAUUUUAUAAUGAUAAAUAUCUUAAUUAAUUGAAAAAUGAAAAACCUUAUCAUUAGAAAAAUUAUGAUAAGAAUUUUAAUAAUCAUAAUGAAAGACCAAUCAAUACUUUCGAUAGAAAUAAUAAUGAAAGAAUCACUUUUGAUAGAAGCAACAAUGAGAGAAAUUAUGUAGAUAAACCUAAUAAUGAAAGAAAUUAUUUAGAUAGAAAUAAUAAUGAAAGAUAUAAUAAUGAACGAUUUAAUAAUGAUAGAAAUGAUAAUGAAAGAUUUAAUAAAGAGAAAAAUAAUAAUGAAAGAUUUAAUAAUGAUAGAAAUAAUAAUGAAAGAUUUAUUAAUGAUAGAAAUAAUAAUGAAAGAUUUAAUAAUGAAAAAAAUAAUAAUGAAAGAUAGAAUAAUGAAAGAAAUUUUAAAGUAAAUAAUAAUGAAAGAAAUUUUAAUAAUAAUGGAGAGAAAAACUAUUCUAAUCAAAAUAAUUUUGAUAGAAGUAAUAAUGAACGUAAUUUUAAUAAUCCAUAAGCAUCCAGAAAUUUCACAGGAGGAAAUGAUAAAAGUUUUAAUGAAAGAAACUUUGUUGGUAAUGAUAAAUAUCAAAACAAUAAAUAGAUGAAUUCAAUUUAAAAUGAAAGAUAAUUUAAUUCAUAAAAGAAUAAUUUUAAUGAAUAAAAUUAUGAGAAUGAUUAAAAAAUUUAAUCUAAAUAAUAUUAAGGAUAUUCAAAAUCAGAUUAUACAAAAUAUCAAAAUAUGAAGGGUUAAUAAAAAUGA